ACUUCUUCGUUCCGGACCCCGAUCUGAUUCCGAUUACACCUCCGGAUCACCACCGUCCUCACAUACAUAAUCGAUCGCAAACACGACCGACACAAUGUCUACAACAGCUUCGGCCGGCCUACCGGCCUCCACAUCCCAAUUCCACCCGGGUUACGAUACCUGCACCAAAGUAACGGCUAUCUGCCGAGUCGAGUACACCACGCUCGGUUACUAUCCCAACGAGGGCGUCAACAUCUUCCUGGCGAUCGGGUUCGGUCUGUGUGCGAUUUUAACACUUGGUAUCGGUAUCUGGAAGAGAACGUGGGGAUACUCGAUUGCUAUUACGGCGGGGUGUAUUUUGGAGUGUGCUGGCUACGCAGCCCGCGCCGUCCUCUCCCAGAACCCCUGGCAGGCUUCCGCCUUCAAAACCCAAAUAGUCUCCAUCAUCCUCGGCCCAACCCUCAUCUGCAUCGGCCUCUACCUGACUUUAAAACACAUAAUCUCCACUCUCUCCCCUUCCUUAUCCCCCUUCCGCCCCAAAUUCUACCCUUUAUUCUUCGUCCCCGCCGACGUUUCUUGUCUCGUAAUCCAAGCCAUAGGUGGCGGCAUCGCCGCCGCCGCCGGCAAAGACAAUUACUCGCUGCUGCAGCAGGGCAACAGGGUGAUCAUCGCUGGUAUCGUUCUGCAGGUCGUCGUCCUGGCCACCUUCGGUAUUUUGUCAGCCAUUUUUUUGCUUCGCGCCAAGAAGCAUUUUAGGAGUUUUCCCGAGGGUGAAGAGACGCAGGAAAAACAGACCUGGACCGAUAAGAAAACGAAGAUGUUCCUCUGGGCCAUGGCCGGUGCUUAUUCCGCGCUGUUGAUCCGGUGUAUUUACAGAAUUGCGGAGAUGGCGGGGGGUUGGGGAAACGAGAUCAUGCAGGAUGAGCCGAGCUUUGUGGUGCUGGAGAGCUUUAUGGUGUUGAUUGCUUGUGUGCUGUUUACGGGGUUUGCGCCGGGGGUGUGGUUUCCUUGGAUGAGUCAUUCCGAGAAAGUUAAUCCUAGGUUGAGGGCGGAGAGGGAGGGUGGUGGUGGACAGCAGGGACACGAAAUGGGGGAGACGAGUUCGGGGAAUGAAAAGGUUGUUGGUGUGUAAAGGGGGGACGAAGGUUAAAUAUUCUGGUGUGUACGGUAGGAGAACGAAGGGAUGAUGUGAUGGGAUGUGGGAUGGUCCUUUUCUUUCUUGGUUUAGAUCUUGGAUAUCACUUAGAAGCGUGCGCUAUCUCUUUGGUGCAUUGACGGUAUCGACGGCAAU